UCGAUGAUGUUGCUAUGAAAUAUUUAUGGUUUCGCAAGUAAUUUUACAUGUGGAAUGAAGAGGUUCUCUCUCUUGGUCAAAUUUUAAGAACAAAAUGGUUCAUUUGAUAGCUAACUUGAAUCAUGUGGUAGCAGGAGGGAAGCAUUCAGCGAUUGCAGGUUUUCCAUCUGUUCUUACUCUUAUUCCAUUUGAUUUCUUUUCUUUUGCUCUUUUAUCAGGCAAUUCUUUGCUGUGGAAUUUCUGUACUUUACUUCAAAUGAAACUCCAAUUCAAUUGUGCAAGCUCUGUGUGCCAAAUAAUGGCGGACACUUGAGAGUUGUGAGGCCUAAUUUACCAAAAAAAGGCCUUGCAAAACAUCUCCCACAGCUAGAAUUUGUCAUUAGUGAUUUGGUUAAUAUCCAAUUACAAUAUUAUUGCUCUUUUUCUGCUUUUCUAUGCUUCUUGAACAGUUUAUACUCAUUCAGAUUUCAAUUGCUCAUUAAUUAUGAUAGAUGACCAUAUUAGAGAUAUUAUUCGAAACAAAUUCUAAUGUUUACAGGACCAAAAGACCUUCGCUAUAGGCCCUUGUACAUAGCAAUUGCAACAGGCGAUUUUGAUGGCACAAAAAGUCUGCUUGAUCAAGAUCCAGGCGCUGUUAGGGCCAUAAUUUCAUCACAUAGAGGAACUGCACUUCAAUUUGCCAUUCUAAAUGGACACAUGAAAAUUGCAAAGGAGCUGUUGAGAAGAAUGCAACCAGCUGACUUGAAUAUGGCUAAUGACAAUGGAUGCACAGCUCUUACUUUUGCUGCAAUCCGUGGUGUAACAAAGUUGGCAAAAACAAUCGUGGAAAAAAAUGACGGGCUUCUUAUCAAGGAGAAUGACGGACUUGAUGGGCAGCUUCCUGUCAUAGUGGCUGCUUUGUAUGGUCAAAAGCAUAUGGUUGAUUAUCUAUACUCGGUGACACCAAGAGAGUUAUUUCGCCCAGAGGAGGGUAAGAAUGGUGCUACACUGCUUAAUUCCCUGAUAACAGCAGAAAUGUAUGAUGUUGCUUUAAUGCUACUUCGACGAUAUCCAAAACUUGGUGUCACCCCAGAUCAUAAUGGUGACUAUGCUCUCCAGUUACUGGCUCACAAGCCAUCCGCAUUUCCUAGUGGAACCAAACUUGUUUCCUGGAAAAGAUGGAUCCAUUCAUGUCUAAUGGAACAUUCUCCAUGGGGGAGUCCAGCAGAUUCUGCUAAAGAUGAUCAGACAACAAAAGCAAGCAUGAUUGAAGACCACAGCAUUGAGAUUACUGAUGAUGAAGCGAAUUUGACAGGAAAUCGGGGCCUACAGAUUACUAGCUUUGUGCGGAAGGUUUUGCAUGGACUCGGUUGGAGCAUAUUAAGUUGCCUUGGUUUGUAUCAUGACAGGAAAUUGAUUCAUAAAGAUGCCAUUGAACUCCGGAAGCUCAUAUUUGAGGAAAUCCGGGAAUUGAGCAUGAAAGACCUUGAAAAGAUGGAUAUCAUGAAAAUUUUAUACGAUGCGAUUGAGCAAGGAAUCAUUGAGUUCGUUGAGAACAGUUUUACAUAUAAGACCACAAUCAUAUAUAAAAGAGACGGAAAGGGCAGAACAAUUUUUUCACAUGCAAUUCUGCUUCGCCAAGAGAAAAUUUAUAGCUUUUUAAAUGCCUUGGAAACAAGAAAGAGCAUACUAGCACGUAGGGGUGAUUUCUUCGGCAACAAUCUGCUACAUUUAGCAGCCAAGCUGUCUCCAUUGUCUCAACUUGACAAGAUUUCUGGAGCAGCUCUUCAAAUGCAAAAGGAAAUACAAUGGUAUAAGGAAGUUGAGAGUAUUGUGCAACCAAGGAUGAAGGAACAACGCAAUGCCUAUAACAAAACACCUUCUGAACUCUUUACUGAAGAGCAUAAGGUGUUGGCUAAGGAGGGAGAAAGAUGGAUGAAAAAUACGGCAGGAUCAAGUAUGAUUGUGGGAACUCUCAUCGCUGCAGUCAUGUUUACAACAGCUUUCACAGUUCCAGGUGGUAAUGAUAGUAAAACAGGGCUCCCUGUCAUGCUAGAAACUCAAUCAAAAGCAUUUUUGAUUUUUAUGGCAUCAAAUGCACUGUCGAUGUUCACUUCUUCGACAUCAAUUCUAAUGUUCUUGGGGAUUCUCACUGCACGUUAUGCUGAACGAGAUUUUCUCAAGUCCUUGCCCACAAAGCUGAUAUUUGGAAUCACAUGCUUGUUCGUAUCGAUAGUCACCAUGAUGGCAUCAUUUGGUACUGCUCUCUAUCUGAUGCUGAUCAAACAAGUAGCUUGGAUUUCCUACCCAAUCAUAGUUUUCUCUGUUGUUCCAAUAGCUCUUUACUCAUUGUUGCAAUUCCCUCUUCUGGUUGAGAUGAUCAGUCGCACUUACGGACAGGGCAUCUUCGAAAAACCUAAAAAGAAGCUCUAUAGUUUUGCAACGGACACUACAACCAGCAUCUGAUCUCCAUUCUGCUGCGUAUCAUGAUAUUCUGUAUUUCACUUCCCGUAGUUUGCUUCAAGAAGUUGCUUUUUAAAUAAUUAAUCCUUCAGUGUAAUGUUUUAAAUAGAUCUUGUAGGCAACAUCUAGUUGUUUUGACUCUCUUGUUUUUUUCCCAGCUUGUGCCCAGCUUGAGCCCAAAUUCUACAGAUUCCUUUGAUUCUGUGGAUUCCUUGAGCUAUCAAUAAAUCAUGCCUAUGGAUCGCUUUUGAUUGUUUGCCA